GAGAAACUGCAUGCAGAGCUGAAGCAGGUGCUGAGUCUGAAGAGAAGCCACCUGAAAGAGACGUCUCAUUUGGCCCAAGCAGAGAUGGAUUCUUCAACAGACGCCCAAGCAGUGGAGGAGGCUGCAUCUGAGGUGGUGGAGGUUGUGCUGGAGACAGAGGCUGAGGCUGGAGCCAGUGGGUACAGUGUCACAGGUGGAGGGGAGCGAGGCCUCUUCAUUAAGGACGUCCUUAAAGACUCCACUGCAGCAAAGCAUCUUAGCCUCCAGCAAGGAGAUCAGUUGCUCAGUGCAAGAGUCUACUUUGACAAUGUGAAGUAUGAGGAUGCCCUGAAGAUCUUGCAGUGUGCAGAGCCUUAUAAAGUCUCCUUUUUCCUGAAGAGGACCAUCACCGGCGCUGAUGUCACCAUGCACCCUGGCACCACCAGCUUGGAACUGAAAGGACCCAAAACCAAGAUGCAGAAAAUGAGUGUCAAGAGCAUCAAACCUUUCAAAGUGAAGAAAAAGAAGGGAGGACGUUUUGGAUUGAAAAGGCUGAAGGAAAACAAGAAAGGGAGCACUGGAGCAGAGUUAGAGAUGGAGGGAUCCUCUUCCAAGGUGGAGCGCAACCCCAUUGACGUGGAGUUUGCCUUCCCCAUGUUCAAGCUGGGGAAGGAUGGGAAGGCAGAGGAAGCUGAGCAGCAUGGAGGAGUGGUCGCCACUGGCAGGAAGAAGAGGACAAUAAGGUGUCCCAGUGUGAAAGCAAAUGGUGCUGAGGCGGCUACAGGAGGAGAAGUUGACAUAACAGAACAGGCUGACGUCUCCCUGCCAGACGUGCCUGGAGCUAAGGUCAAAGUCAAAGGAAAGGGCCACAGGUUCGGAAUUCAUUUCCCUAAAACAAAAAAGACUAAAUCGGACACUGCCUUGUCUGGAGGGUCCCUGGACCUGAAACCUCCUGGUGUCAAAUUCACACCACCCUCAGUGGAAUUCAGUUUGCCAUCUGGAAACAAGGACGUUGACCUACAGAAACGAGAAGUAAAAGUCAAGGAGUGGUCAAAAUUGAUGCACAGAGAGGUAGAGCUUUCAUUAGGACUCCCCUCAGCCUGUCACUCUGAUGAAAUUGAUGGUGAGAUAAAAGCAAAAGGUUUAGCUGAAGGCGUUGAAGGGUCAACAGCCCUAUCUGGCAUUAAAAUGCCAGUUAUUGACAUCUCUGCACCCAACAUAGAUCUGCAGCUGGACACCCGGCGUACAGUGCCAGACGAGAUAGAGGGACCCUUUUUUAAAGGGCCAAAUAUAUUCAUGCCCAAAACUGACAUCUCAUUAUCAAAGAUUGGAUCGUCUAACAUGGAUAUUGAUGGUCCAGAAAAGUUCAAAACGCCAACUUUCGAUGUUUCUCUUCCAAAAUUCAAGUCUCCAGAGGAGCAUAUGAAUAUAGAGGGGCCUGAAGUCAAAGGGGAGUUCAACAUGCCAAAAGUUGACCUCUUACGCCCAAAAGGUAAAGCAGAGGGAGAGGUAGACAUUGAAGGAUACUUAGGAAAAGGAGGUCAAUUUCAGAUGCCCACAUUUGACAUUUCUCUACCAAAAAUGAAGUCAUCAGAGAGAGAAAUGAUUGUAGAAGGACCUGAAGUGAAGGGUGGCAAGAUUAAAAUGCCCUCUAUUGACAUAUCUCUCCCUAAAGGAAAAACAGAGGGGAAUAUUAACAUUGAGGGACAUUCUGGAAAAGGAGGCAAGUUCAAAAUGCCCUCGUGUGACAUUUCUCCUCCUAAAAUGAAGGGUGAUGCCAGUUUAGAGGGACCUGAAUUGAAAGGGGGGAAGUUUGAAAUGCCCACACUUGAUAUUUCCCUUGCCAAAGGAAAAACAGAGGGUGGAGUCAACAUUGAUGAAAAUGAAGGAAAAGAAGGAAAGUUCUCUCUUCCAAAAAUAAAGUUACCAAAGGGUGACAUGAAAAUAGAAGGAUCUGAUGUGAAAGGCAUCACAUUUCAUAUGCCCACUAUAGAUUGUUCACUUCCAACAGGAAAAACAGAAGGUCACAUGAGCGUCGAAGGAGAUGCAUCUAAAGGUGGAAAGUCUCACACGCCUUCAUUUGAUAUUUCUGCUCCAAGAGUAAAGUUACCAGAGGGUAAAGCCAAAGUAGAAGGACCUGAAAUUAAAGGUGGAAAGGUUGAGAUGCCAAAAAUGGAUGUUUCCCUUCCAAAAGGCAAAACAGGAGGAGAAGUUAACAUUGAAGGCCAUGUCAGUAAAGGGAGCAAGUUUAAGAUGCCCACAUUCGGCAUUUCUUUCCCGAAAUUGAAGUCACCAGAGGGUAAGGGCAACACAGAGGGACCUGAAGUCAAAGGAGAGAAGUUUAAAAUGCCUACAAUUGGCAUUUCACUACCAAAAGGAAAAUCGGAAGGUGACAUCAAUGUUGAAGCAGAUUCUGAAGCAGGAGGCAAAUUUCAUAUGCCCACAUGUGACAUUUCUCUUCCAAAAAUGAAGUCACCAGAUGCAGAUAUCAGUUUAGAAGGACCAGAAGUCAAAGGAGGGAAGUGUCACAUGCCAACAAUUGACCUUUCCCUUCCCAAGGGAAUUGACACUGAAGGACAUUCUGGAAAAGGAGGCAAGUUCCAAAUGCCAGCAUUCGAUAUAUCACAUCCAAAAAUGAAGACACCAGAUGGUGAAGUCAGCCUAGAAGUCCCUGAAGUCAAAAGGGGGAACAUUAAUAUGCCAACGAUGAACAUUUCUCUUCCAGAAGGAAAAAUGGAAGGUGAAGCUAAGGGACAUGCAAGCAAAGGGGGAAAACCUCACAUGCCCUCAGUUGACAUUUCCCUUCCAAAAAUGAAGUUGCCUGAAGGUGAAGUCAGCCUAGAAGGCCCUGAUGUAAAAGGUGGAAUGUUUAAAAUGCCAAAGAUUGAUAUUUCACUUCCAAAAGGAAAAACACAAGGGGGAAUAGACAUUGAAGGACAUUUGGGGAAAGGAAAGUUUCACAUGCCCACAUGCGACAUGUCCUUGCCAAAAAUGAAGUCAAAUGAUGGUGACAUGAAAUUAGAGGGGCCAGAAGUGAAAGGCAGUAAAAUACAUAUGCCUAAAAUUGACAAUUCUCUUCCAAAGGGGAAGGCAGAAUGUGAUAUUCAGGUUGAGGGGCAUGGUGGUAAAGGCGGAAAGUUCCACAUGCCCUCAAUUGACAUUUCUAUUUCAAAAAUGAAGUUGCCUGAGGGUGAAGUCAAAGUAGAAGGCCCUGAAGCCAAAGAUGGAAAGUUUGAAAUUCCAACAAUUGAUAUUUCACUUCAAAAAGGAAAAGCAGAGGGAGAAAUUGACAUGGAAGGACAUUCUGUAAAAGGAGGAAAGUUUCCUAUGCCAAAGUUUGAUGUAUCGCUACCAAAAAUGAAGCCAGAUGGUGACAUCAAACUAGAGGGACCAGAAGGGAAAGGCAACAAAAUACAUGUACCUAACAUUGACAUUUCUCUUCCUAAAGGGAAAACUGAAGGAGAUAUUGAGGUUGAGGGGCAUGGUGGCAAAGGGGGCAAGUUUCACAUGCCCUCAAUUGACAUUUCCCUUCCAAAAAUGAAGUUGCCUGAAGGUGAAGUCAAAGUAGAAGGCCCCGAAGCCAAAGGUGGAAACACUGAAAUGCCAUCGAUUGAUAUUUCACUUCCCAAAGGAAAGAUGGAGGGGGAAAUUGAUAUUGAAGUUCAUUCUGGAAAAGGAGGGAGAUUUCAUAUGCCUACAUUUGACGUUUCCCUUCCAAAAAUGAAGUCACUAGAACCCGAUGUCAGUUUAGAAGGACCGGACGUCAAAGGAGGGAAGUUUGAAAUGCCAAAGAUUGAUAUUUUACUUCCAAAAGGAAAAACAGAGGGAGAAACUGACAUUGAAGAACAUUCUGGAAAUGGAGGAAAGUUUCAUAUGACCUCAUUUGAUGUGUCACUACCAAAGAUGAAGCACCCAGUGGGUGAUGUCAAAAAAGGCCUUGAAGUCAAAGGGGGGACGUUUAAAAUGCCCAAAAUUGAAGCAGAGGGUAGGAGUGGAGUCAAGUUACCAACUGUUAAACUGCCAACAGUAGACGUAUCUGCACCAAAGGUUGACUUCGACUCUGGGCUGUCAAAAUCUGAAGGAGAUGAUAGGGAGGAGACGGAGCUACAAAAAGCAGAGGGUGAAAGGCCAUCGUCUGGGUCAAGUUUUGACAUGCCAGAUAUCUCUCUCAAAAUGCCAAGAUUUUCUCUCCCUAAAUUUGGUGGAAAGUCUAGUGGAGAUGUAAACCUAGAAGGAUAUGGCACAGAGGAUGAUAUUGAUAUUAGCCCCCCACGAGCGGAUGGUGAGGGCAGACCAGCAUCAGCAGAAAUACGCGGAGAGGGAAAAAUAGAAGGUAAACUAAAGAAGCCCAAAAUGAAAAUGCCAAUGUUUGGAAUAUCUAAGAAAGAUGUAUCAAUAGCCAGCCCUGAUGUGGAAAUCAAGACAGAAAAAGGGAAAGUGGACAUUCCAAAGCCAGGAAUCAGUGUAGAACAUCAAGAGGACAAAGCAAAUAGAAAAUAUAGACUAAAAUUCCCAAAGUUUAAGAAGUCAUCUCCUAAAGGUAAACUACCAGAGGGAGAGAUAGAUGUCUCAAUGGAUAGUGGAAUGGAAGGGAAAGGAGGCAUUCAUGCUCCCGAUGAUACAAUCAAAAUGCCAAAGUUCUCCAUGCCAGGGUUUGGCUCACAGGAGAUAGACUUUGACAGUAGUAGACCCAGUGCUGAACUAGAUGUCACAGGAAAGGUAAAAAUACCAUCAGUGGAGAUAUCCCUGCCAGCUGCCAAGAAAUCUGAGCAAGAAGUGUUACUCCCAAAGGCUGAGGUGGAUGUGUCUGAGGCUGACAUCAGAGGUUAUGAAGGAAACCUGAAAAUCCCUAAAAUGCCAACUAUUGAUGUAUCAGCACCCAACAUUGACCUUGAUGUAACUUUGCCUAAAAUCAAGCAUGAAACAAAAAUUGAGGGGGAUGGAGGCAAAUUUAAGAUGCCAAACAUCAAAAUGCCUGAUAUAGAUUUAUCACUUCCUAAAGAAAAAACUGGGAACAUUGAUGCAUCCAAGGUUGAAAUUGAGGGAAGGGGUGGAAAAUUCAAGAUGCCUGUCAUUAAAAUGCCAAAGGUUGACAUAUCACUUCCAAUAGGAAGACAUAGAGCAAUGGAUGUAUCCACAGAGGAAAUUGAAGGAGAAGGUGUAAAAUUCAAGAUGCCACAUAUGGAAAUGCCAAAUGUUGAUAUAUCACUUACCAAAGGAAAAAGUGGAGGGAUUGAAGGGCCAGAGAUGGAAAUUGAAGGAGGGGACGGAAAUUUAAAAAUGCCACAUAUGAAAAUGCCUGUGGUAGACUUAUCACUUCCAAAGGGAAAGUAUGGAGACAUAAGUGCACCAGAAAUGGAAAUGGAAGGAGGAGGAAAAUUCAAGAUGCCACAUAUGAAAAUGCCAAAUUUUGAUAUAUCACUUCCAAAAGGAAAAAGUGGAAAGAUUGAAGGACCAGACAUGGAAAUUCAGGGAGAUGGAGGAAAAUUGAAGAUGCCACAUAUGAAAAUACCAACGGUAGACUUAUCACUUCCGAAGGGAAAGUCUGGAGACAAAAGUGCACCAGAAAUUGAAAUGGAAGGAGGAACAUUCAAGAUGCCACAUAUAAAAAUGCCAAAUAUUGAUUUAUCACUUCCCAAAGGAAAAAGUGGAGAGAUUGAAGGACCAGAGGUGGAAAUUGAAGGAGAGGGUGGAAAAUUCAAGAUGCCACAUAUGAAAAUGCCAAAUAUUCAUAUAUCCCUUCCAAAAGGAAAAACAGGUGAUGUUAAUGCAACUGAAUCGGAAAUUGAGGGAGAUGGAGGAAAAUUCCAGAUGCCACAUAUGAAAAUACCAAGUAUUGGUACAUCACUUCCCAAAGGAAAAAGUGGAGAGAUUGAAGGACCAGAGGUGGAAAUUGAAGGAGAGGGUGGAAAAUUCAAGAUGCCACAUAUGAAAAUGCCAAAUAUUCAUAUAUCCCUUCCAAAAGGAAAAACAGGUGAUGUUAAUGCAACUGAAUCGGAAAUUGAGGGAGAUGGAGGAAAAUUCCAGAUGCCACAUAUGAAAAUACCAAGUAUUGGUACAUCACUUCCCAAAGGAAAAAGUGGAGAGAUUGAAGGACCAGAGAUGGACAAUGAAGGAGAGGGUGGAAAAUUCAAGAUGCCACAUAUUAAAAUGCCAAAUGUUGAUAUAUCACUUCCAAGAGGAAAAACUGGAGAGAUUGAAGCACCAGAGAUGGAAAUUCAGUCAGAGGGAGGAAAGUUCAAAAUGCCAAAGGUAGAUAUAUUACUUCCCAAAGGAAAAGGUGGAGAGAUUGAAGCACCAGAGAUGGAAAUUCAGUCAGAGGGAGGAAAGUUCAAAAUGCCAAAGGUAGAUAUAUCACUUUCCAAAGGAAAAGGUGGAGAGAUUGAAGCACCAGAGAUGGAAAUUCAGUCAGAGGGAGGAAAGUUCAAUAUGCCAAAGGUAGAUAUAUCACUUCGGAAAGGAAAGUAUGGAGAAAUUAGAGCACCAGAAAUGGAAGUCAAAGGAGGAAAUUUCAAGAUGCCAAAUAUUGCCAUAUCACUUCCAAAAGGAAAAAGUGGAGAUGUUAAUGCACCUGAAUUGGAAAUGGAUGGUGAGGGUGGGAGAUAUAAGAUGCCAGAAAUCAAACUGUCAAAUAUAGAUAUUACAAUGCCAAAGGGAAAUUCUGGUGACAUUGAUGCUGAAAUCAAACAGCCCAACGCUGAGGCAGAAGGAAAGAUAAAAAUGCCUUUGAUUGGUUUACCAAAGUUUACAACUCCUGACCUUGAUUUGGACAUGAAUGUUGGAAAACCCAACCAUGGAGCUGAGGUUCAUGGGAAAAGUUCAGACAAAACUGGUUCACAUUCUGAGGGAGACCAUAAGACGAAAAUCAAAAUGCCAACAAUAGACAUAGAGUGCCCAAAAGGAGAUCUGGAGCUGGAUAUAGGCUUCCAUAAAGCUGAGGGAAAGAAGGACAGAAAAAUAAUAGAGUUGCCUGACUUAGACCUUAAAACUUCUGGUACCAAAGGUAAGGGGCCAAAAGUCAAAAGCACCAAAUUCAAAAUUGGAUUGCCAAAAAUGAAGAACACUGGAGAUCAAGCAUUAGAUGCAACCACAAAGAAGGCUGGGAAAGAGAAUGAAGGGGCCAGUGGUAGAUUUAUGAUGAAGAAGACAAAGCUUGGCAAAGGUGCAGAUGUGGCGGCAGAUGUGAAGGCAGGUGGUUCUGUGUUGCCAAACAUCUCCCUCCCAGAUGUGGGCUUCUCAGUAUCCAAAGGACCCAGCCAAGAGGAUGAAGGUCAUGGUCCAGAGAUGAGUGCUAAAUUGCCAAAAUUCAAACUUCCUAAUGUGGAGAUCUCAGGUCCUUCAAUGACUGGCCAAGGAGGAGCACAAAUCAACAGCGGACAACAAGAAAACAAAGAUGGUAUCAAGUUUCAAAUGCUGAAGAGCAAACAAGGCUCUGCCGAGCCCACUGGCACAGAUGCCGGAACAGAGAAUGGAUUCACAUUACCUAAUCUUGGAAUCAAAGUUGAUAUUGGAGCAUCUCAAGCUGAGGACCAAGGGGCAGAUACAAGUACAAGACAAAAAAUCAAAAUACCCAAGUUCGGGGUGGCUUUACCUGCUAUGUCUUCACCUGAAGCUAGAGUACAUUUGAAGGACCCAGAGGUUGAGUAUGAAGGCCCUAAAAUGCCCAAAGUUAAAAAAGCUGUAUUUGUUUUGGUGAAUCCCCAAACAGACCACUCCACUAUGUCCACUAUGUGUGAAGCAAGUGUCGAGUCUGGAGAGGCUAAAAUCAGAAUGCCAAAGAUCAAAAUGAAGCCAUCAUUUGGAAAGUCAGGAUCCAAGGAAAAGAGUGUUGCUUUGAGCAUUGAAGGGGACGUGGAUAGAGAUGACAAGUCAAAGGGAGCAAAGCUAAAAAUGCCCAAAGUCACCUUCUCUCCAGGCAAAACAGGUUCAUUUGAUGUAACCCUAAAAGGUGAGGGGUCUAGUUCCAGCCUCAAUGAUGAGAAGGUUUCAACAUUCCAGAACGGAUCCAAGGAGGAUAAAGCUAAGUUUGUGAAGCUCAAGCUUCCAAAGAUAGAGUUCUCCUCGCCAUAUUCAAAAAUAGGCAGAGGAGAAGAGGACCUUGAAAUGAGUGCUAAGCUUGUCAAGGAGUCCUCAGGAACUGACGGAGAAACCAAGAGGAAGAAAGUGAAAUCAGGCAAAAUGUCCUUCCCGGGAUUUAAGAAGAAGACAUCAAAAGGAGAGGAGGAAACUCAAGACAGUGUGGUGUCCUCAUCGGCCAGGACAGAAAUGCUAGAUCAGGAUAGUUCAGAAUCCCAAACGCCCAUGGUCUCCAUUGGCUUUGUUCCAGGGAAGUCUAGGGGGCAGGCAGAGGCUGAGAGCAGCAAGAAGGAGCUGGAAGGAAAGCAGUCAACCUGGUUCAAGGCCCCCAAAUUCAACCUGAAACCCAACUCAACAGGAAUCCUCCUCAUUACACCAGAAGGUUCUCCCCAGGGCAGCAGAUCCUCGCUCCAAUGCCAGGGUGUAGAUGAAACUGCAGGUACCUUCCAGCUCCAGAUGCCAAACACAGGGUUCUCCAUGCAGGAGGUGUCUGAAGAGAAUAUUACCACAACAAAGGAGGGAACCGUAACUGUGGUGACAAAGACGACAAAAAAUACAGUAACAGAGUCCAGAACUGGUCAAACCCACACAUCGCUAUCCCAUUGUAAUCACUGAAGUUCGAAGAGAUGUGAGAGUAAUAUAUUUUCCCUCUGUUCUGAUGUGACGACUGUUUUUUGUAAAUGUUCCUCCAUGUUUUCUUUCUAUUUUAAUCUUUAUCGUCUUUGAUCAUUUGAGUGGUUUAAAUCUGAAUGUCAAUUCAUUAUGUAUUGUUGUUGAUAUCUUUUUUAUGCAGAAAAACCACACAUUUUAAUUUCCCAAAGGAAAUGUCUAUUUUCAAUGCCUUCCCAUUUGAUAUACCAACAUUUACUUUGGCAUGAUUGUAGAAUUAGACUGACAAAGAACACAAACCAAUUUACCAAAAGCAAUUUGUAUGUAAAUACAUUGACAUGUUGCCUGCUUACUUAAUGAAAUAUGUAAUUAUUUUCAUAUUACUGAUGAUUGCAAUAGUAUUAAGGAUAGUGGUGAUUUGUGUUAAUGUAACUGAGGCUUGAGGAUGGUGUGAGAUUUGUGGUUUAAUCAUUUACUUACUUCAGCUUGUUUUUUUUUUUGAUAUAUGAAGACUUUUUGUAAUUAUACCAUACAUUGAAAUGUAAGAUUUAAAGGCUUCUACAAUGCAAUCCAUUUCAACACUCUCUAUGAGAAUCAAGCUAAGUAGACAAAACCUAAAAGAAUAGGAAACUAUCAUCUGAUAUUAAGCCAUGGUUUAAAGAAACAGAUUGAAAUAUUUCAAAAUGAAUGCAAAACCUCUUGGACAAAACAAUGUCUCAAUGUCUACAUUUUCCUUUUCUUUUUUGGUGAGUUAGAAAGUAGGAAUUCAAUGUGUGUGCUCUACUGCAUGGGAAGAGUCCCAGCAAUCAUCUGUCAAACAAGUUUACAAAGUUUUCCUUAACCAGAUUUAACGCCUGUUGGAGCUGAACAUUUGAAAUAACCAUGUAGAAUGGUGCAUUACAAGGAGAGAACAUGUACAUGACCAGAUAACACAGUUUAACAGUGUUUAUACGUAUAGAGAGAUUUUUUUACAAAUACCUUUGUGCUUAUGUUUUCAGUGCUUAUGGCUUCACAAUAAGCAGUUUUCAAAGCAAAGUGUUAUCAAAGUGGCAUUAUCAAUAAUGUUGUUAAGAGAUCAUAUUAUUAAUAAACCUAAUAUUCCUAAAAGAA